AAAGGUCGACCGAGAUCGGCAGACUGCUGAGCGCCUACCUGGAGAAGAGGAGCGAGGUGGAGGACCACUCAGUGCACCUGCUCUUCUCUGCGAACCGCUGGGAGCGCGUGCCAUUGAUUAAAGAGAAGCUGAGCCAGGGCGUGACCCUCGUUGUGGACAGAUACGCGUUCUCCGGUGUUGCCUUCACAAGUGCCAAGGAGAACUUUUCCCUGGAGUGGUGUAAACAGCCAGAUGUGGGCCUUCCCAAGCCCGACCUCGUGCUGUUCCUGCAGCUGCAGCUGGCGGACGCAGCUGCUCGGGGGCAGUUUGGCCGCGAGCGCUAUGAGAGUGGGCCGUUCCAGGAGCGGGUGCUGCAGCGGUUCCACCAGCUCAUGGAAGACACAAGUGUGACCUGGAAGGUGGUGGACGCUUCCCGGAGCAUCGAAGAUGUUCACCAGGAGAUCCGCGUGCUCUCGGAGGAAGCCAUCCACACCGCUGCCCAGAGGCCACUCAGCGAGCUGUGGACGUGAGGGGACCUGCGGUCCAAUGGCCUGCAGAUGUGGCUUCAGGGCUGUUCCCGUGAAGAGACUACAGUGUGACUGUUCUUCCUGAGGGGUGCACAGGUGCAAGCCACCCCAGCUGCCUCCUUGUGGAAGGUGCUGGCCUCACUGUUGCUGGGGGUCACCACAGCCUCGGAAACGGCGCUCAUGUGCAGUGAGGGUCUCCUGGGCACCAAUAAAGUCGAGUUCCUAGGA